AUGGCCCAAUUUUUCGCAGAUCAACUCCAGGCUAAAGCGUAUAAAUAUGAAGAUUGUGAGAAGGUCUUUCAAAUUGUAUGGCGCUCGAGAAUGGAAUUGAGCUCGAUGGCGAUUCUCUAUCAUACUGUUAAAUCGAAUGGAGACGGGCGGGUUGUUGGGAAUUUUUUGAAGGAAGAGCAAAAGCAAAUUCAGACGUUGAAGGCUUUGGAAAAACAGUGGCGUCGUUUCGCCUCAAAACUCGAAUUUUCCUACUUUGCCGUCAACGAAACUAUAGCCCGUUUUCAAGAGGGUCAAGGCCUCGAUGAGAUCUAUCAGAAAAUCGAUUCCCACAAGUGGGAAGACGGUACAAACUACAACGACUACUUCCUGCUCUCCUACAGCGUGCCACCAAGGAUGAAGCGAUAUUCAGAGUACACCUACGCGGAACUGAUCAACAACCAGACCCUGAUUUUGCACAGGAGAAGCGGGAAUAUGGCGCCGGAACCUGCGAGCAGCAAUCGGGCUUGGUAUAAUUGGUACCCCGAGGAGCUUCAUACUAUCGAGAUGGAGAUUCGGGACAGUUUGGAUGAAAUCAACCCGGUUGGUAAAACUCUUGACGAGUUGGCGGAUAUUGUGCAUUAUAUGGUUUACAAGAAAUGUGGAAUGUGCCCGUCUGUAAUCACGAGUACGGAAGAUCCGAUGCCGCAGUUCUACGCGGAGGGCAGCGAGAAAUCCCCCGCAGGCCGCAUCAUCAAGGCGUUCGGGCGGAUUUCGAUAUUUAUCGGGUUU